CGUAAUUUACGGAUCAAAUUUAUAGUACAAUAAUUAUUUUAGUUUUGAAAUUUCUAUAAGUAAAUAGAUUUAAAUUUAUUUAGUAGAAACCUCUUACUGUAAAUAUCGUUUUUUUACCUCAAGAACUUUUUUAUAUUUACACAAUAAUAAAGUCCACAUAAAAAGGAAAAUACAAUUUUCAAUUUUAUAAAAAAAAUUACAAAAAAAAAAAAAUGGCAAAAUCGAUAAAAUUGCUGAUUAGUGCUUUUAUUGCGAUUAUUUUAACAAAAGAAAUUAAAUGCAAUAUAGACAUUAGUAAUUUCGAUUUAAAUAGUAUUAAAGAUGUAAAUGUUACAGAGCAACUAGCCAAUAUUAAUAUAACACAAAGAAUCGAUGACACAAAAAGAUUACUAGAAGAAAAAUGUAAAAAGGUGUCUAAUGAUCCUGAUGCCUUUAAUAAUAUUCAAGAAGGUGGGACUAAAUUGUAUGAAUGUAUGACACAUAUUGUAAAUGUAACUAAAAUUCAAGAGGAAAUUGAAGAAGCUCGCCCACAUGGACGUUUAGAUGAGGUUUUUAACAAAUACUGUAAAAAAAGACCAGAAGCUAUGCAAUGUUUUGAAGAAUUUGAAACUACGUUAAAACCAUGCAUGGAUGAAGAAGAAAAAGGCCAUUAUGAAACAUUAAUGAGAAUAUUUAAAAGUAUACUAAAUUUUGUAUGUUAUAAGGGAGGAGAUCAGAUUGCAUUGUUUAUUGCUGAAAAAGGUCCAGAAUGUUUGAAUGCUAGCAAGGAGGAAAUUGGAAAAUGCUUGAAUAACACAUUUGGAGGAUACAUACCAAAAGAAGGUUUCGAAUCUUUAGAAACUUUGCCAAAAUUUGUUAUCGGGCCAAAACAAUGUGAUGAUAUUCAAGCUUUUGAAAAAUGCACUGUGAAAGUACUUGAAAAAUGUGAAGAUAUUACUCCUGCCAAUAUUAUUGAAUCCAUGUUCAAAUUUAUAAAAAAUGAAACAGUAUGUGCUACACCAAAAAGUAGUGCUCAACUAGGUGGAAAUAGUGCAAACACUUUAGUAAGCAAUGCGAGAAUAACUCUUCUUUUAGGGAUGAUUUUUACGAUUUUAUAUAACUAUUUUUAAAAAUCAAUUGAAAACCACAAAAUAUAAUAUAAUUGUAAUUUAAUUGAAAUACAAUAAAUAAUUUGUAUGUACUUGAAUUUGUAAUGAUAUUGUGGGUUUGUUAAAUAUGUGUUUAGAAAAUAAGCCAAAAUUAUAAAUGAGCAAAUAAAAGUGGGAAAAUAUGAUAUUUACUGUAAUAUACUUAAUUGUAAGAAAAUCAAUUUCUUUUAUUUAUAAAAAAGCUUUUUUAUGAUUUUAAUUUUGAUUUAAAUAAUUAUUGAAAAAUGGAGAUGAAUACCGGUUUCCAGAAAAAAAAAAGCAAAUAGAAUUACUGUAACAAAUCUUAAUUAAGGCAAUUUUUAAAUAAAAAUAUAAAAAAACUAUAUUUGAAUUAAUCAAAUUAAUGUUCCCAAACAAAUUUUUUAUAAUUCAUUAUUUAAUGUAUUCAUAAAA